GCAUAGCAGCAAUGCAAAACUUGCUCUUUGGAUUUUGAGCUUAGUCUCUUCUAGCAGUUUCUUGUAGCCAUGUCUGAAACCGCUCCUGCCGAGACAGCCACCCCGGCGCCGGUGGAGAAGUCCCCGGCUAAGAAGAAGACAACUAAGAAGGCGGCCGGCGCGGCUAAGCGCAAAGCGACCGGCCCCCCAGUCUCAGAGCUGAUCACCAAGGCUGUGGCCGCUUCUAAGGAGCGCAAUGGCCUUUCUCUGGCCGCCCUUAAAAAAGCCCUAGCGGCGGGUGGCUACGACGUGGAGAAGAACAACAGCCGCAUCAAGCUUGGUCUCAAGAGCCUGGUGAGCAAGGGCACCCUGGUGCAGACCAAGGGCACCGGUGCUUCCGGCUCCUUCAAGCUCAACAAGAAGGCGGCCUCCGGGGAAGCCAAGCCCAAGACCAAGAAGGCGGGCGCCGCCAAAGCUAAGAAGCCCGCGGGGGCCACCCCUAAGAAGCCCAAGAAGGCUGCAGGAACGAAAAAGUCAGUGAAGAAGACUCCGAAGAAGGCGAAGAAGCCCGCGGCGGCUGGAGUAAAAAAAGUGGCGAAGAGUCCUAAGAAAGCCAAGGCCGCCGCCAAGCCGAAAAAGGCAACGAAGAGUCCUGCCAAGCCCAAGGCUGUUAAGCCGAAGGCAGCAAAGCCCAAAGCCUCUAAGCCGAAAGCAGCAAAACCUAAAGCUGCAAAGGCCAAGAAGGCGGCUGCGAAAAAGAAGUAGGAAGCUGGCAUGUGAAAACCGCAACCAAGCCCCAAAGGCUCUUUUCAGAGCCACCUAGAGAUCUCUUAAAAAUUGCUGUGCACAAAAUGACUUUGCCUUCUCUCUGCC